GCAGAUGGAGGCCGUGGGGGAGCCCCAAAUCCUCUUACCCAAAAGCUCCUUAAUACUUCCGCCCGGCGGGUCACCACCGGGCCUCUCCUGCUCCAGGUGGCUGCCAUGCCAGCGCUGGCAGUCGAGGAGGGGAUGGAGGGCUGGAGCCCGGCCUCGCCACUCUAUGAGGAGUACCGCCCGCCGCCGCUGGACACCAUCCGCCUCCCCAGGUACGCUCUGUACCUGCUGCUGGCUGCGUUCCUGGUGGUGGCCGUAGCCUACGCCAUUGUCGGGCAUCUCAUCAAGGACCUCGCCCACGACCUGGCCGACUGGGCAUUCGGCCCGAAGCCGGACCAGGAGGAUGCCCCCCGAGAGCUGCCCGAGAGCCCCGAGGGCGAGGACCUGGAGGAGCUGGACCUGCAGCUGGCGCUGGCCUGGCAGGUUGACGAGGACGCUGCUCGGGGCGGCGAGGGGGCCCCCGCAGAAGCCCCCGCCCAGCCCCGUCGCCACCCCUCCAUCGCCUUCAAAGACCCACCAGCCCAAAGCUCCUUCUGGAAGCUGGGCUGA